AUGACUGGCCAGAGCCUGUGGGACCUGUCGGAGGCCAACGUCGAGGACGGAGAGAUCCGCAUCAACGUAGGCGGCUUCAAGAAGCGGCUGCGCUCGCACACGCUGCUGCGCUUCCCCGAGACGCGCCUGGGCCGCCUGCUGCUCUGCCACUCGCGCGAGGCCAUUCUGGAGCUCUGCGACGACUAUGACGAUGUCCAGCGUGAGUUCUACUUUGACCGCAACCCCCAGCUCUUCCCCUACGUGCUACAUUUCUACCACACCGGCAAGCUUCAUGUCAUGGCGGAGCUGUGCGUCUUCUCCUUCAGCCAGGAGAUCGAGUACUGGGGCAUCAACGAGUUCUUCAUCGACUCCUGCUGCAGCUACAGCUACCACGGCCGCAAAGUGGAGCCCGAACAGGAGAAGUGGGACGAGCAGAGCGACCAGGAGAGCACCACGUCCUCCUUCGAUGAGAUCCUGGCCUUCUACAACGAUGCAUCCAAGUUCGAUGGGCAGCCCCUGGGCAACUUCCGCAGACAGCUGUGGCUGGCGCUGGACAACCCCGGCUACUCGGUCCUGAGCAGGGUCUUCAGCGUCCUGUCCAUCCUCGUGGUGUUGGGGUCCAUCAUCACCAUGUGUCUCAAUAGCCUGCCGGACUUCCAAAUCCCUGACAGCCAGGGCAACCCGGGUGAGGACCCCAGGUUCGAAAUCGUGGAGCACUUUGGCAUCGCCUGGUUCACAUUUGAGCUGAUGGCCAGGUUUGCUGUGACCCCUGACUUCCUCAAGUUUUUCAAGAAUGCCCUAAACCUUAUCGACCUCAUGUCCAUCGUCCCCUUUUACAUCACUCUGGUGGUAAACCUGGUUGUGGAGAGCACACCUGCCUUGGCCAACCUGGGCAGGGUGGCCCAGGUCCUCAGGCUGAUGCGGAUUUUCCGCAUCUUAAAGCUGGCCAGACACUCCACUGGCCUCCGCUCCCUGGGGGCCACGCUUAAAUACAGCUACAAAGAAGUAGGGCUGCUUUUGCUCUACCUCUCUGUGGGGAUUUCCAUCUUCUCCGUAGUGGCCUACACUAUCGAAAAGGAGGAGAAUGAGGGCCUGGCCACCAUCCCCGCGUGCUGGUGGUGGGCCACCGUCAGCAUGACCACUGUAGGGUAUGGGGAUGUGGUCCCCGGGACCACGGCCGGGAGGCUGACUGCCUCUGCCUGCAUCUUGGCGGGCAUUCUAGUGGUGGUGCUGCCCAUCACCUUGAUCUUCAAUAAGUUCUCCCACUUUUAUCGGCGCCAGAAGCAACUCGAGAGUGCCAUGCGCAGCUGUGAUUUUGGGGAUGGAAUGAAGGAGGUCCCUUCCGUCAAUUUAAGGGACUACUACGCCCAUAAAGUGAAAUCCCUCAUGGCGAGCCUGACGAACAUGAGCAGGAGCUCGCCAAGCGAACUAAGUUUAAAUGAUUCCCUGCAUUAGCUGCGAGGGCUUGACAUCCUCAAACCCCCAUUGCUGAGCUGUUUCUUGUGCCCCUGGCACAGUCCAGGCACAUUAGGGUUAUGGUGUAAGGAGUACGCCCAGCCCCAAAGGGGAGAGAUGCAUGGGAUACGCACCCCAGGUUGCUCUUGCAGUAUUUAGGAUCACUUUUAGAGGGUGGUGUGUCUGACACCAUGCCUUCGCACCUUUCAGUGAAAUGACACUCACUGGUCUUUGCAUCGUGGGCAUAAGAUGUUCACCUUUCUGCCGGAUGAGUACCACCUAGAAUGCUAAUUUCUCUGUCCACUGUGUUCUCUAUUGUAGUGCUUGUGGCCCAGUACUGUCUCAGUUGUUUGUGCUCCUGUUUCUGAGGUUGUCGUGCGAGUUCUGUACAAAAAGCCCCCACAGAUAUGUCCAGUGGAAACACAUCUAUGGGGUCAGCAAGGAUAUGAUGAGGUUUUGCUCACAGCCAUGUAGACACAAAAUCUCAAUUCUUUAUCCAUUGCUUUCAUUUAGUUCUAAUACCAAAACAAAGGGAAUGUGAAGUUAAGUACACAUGACUGAUGCAAGUCUGUGAGUUGUUUUUGUCACUCUGUAGCCCUGUGGCUUGCAUGGGUACCCUGCUCACUUUUAGAAUGAUGUACACUGAUGUUCAUCUCUUAAAUGUUGCUCUUUAGAGAAUGUUAUUUUGUUAAUCAUGUAGUGAAGAUUGAAAUUUUUACCAAGAACAGAUGCGUUAGGGACAGGGGCUUCAGCUAAACAUAGGCCAAAUCACAGGAUGCUUGAAGACCUUUCAAAGU